AAGUAGGCGGAUUGCAGUGACUGACUGCCCAAUGGCAGCCCCGGGUCUCAGGAGAGUUACAGAGAGAGAGGGGGAGAGAGAGAGAGAGAGAGAGAGGCACUUUCUGCCAUCCAAAUCCCUUAAACCAUCCUCAUUCCAACACGAGAACCCACUGUAACAACUUCCAACCACUGAGACAUGACAGGCAGGAGCCCAGAGGCAGCAGCAGCAGCGAGAGCAGCAGCAGCAGCACACACUCUGCACAGGGAGCAGCAUUAGCACCAGGGGAAUACUACACACAACAAUACAAACAAACAAACAAACAAACAGACAAAGCCCCCCCAAGCCCAAGGGACUGGAUUCCAACUCAGAUUCAAGCCACAACUGACACCAAAAAGGGUGGGGAAUUACGACCAGGGGGGGCCCGAAAGGAAUAACCAAGGAAGCGAACUCAAGAGUGUAAACGGCAUUCAGCCAUGAUCCUUUUUUCAUCUCGCAGUGUGUUACUCUCAGUGUAUUACCCUCAGAUUUUCCUCAUCCUUACCAGUGGGAGUUACCUGUAAGUGAUCCAGAUUUUUUUUUUUUUCGAAAUACUGUUUGCAAUGCCCCCGCUAGCAGCUACCUAGGGGCAACGCGCAGAGCGAGCAGAGGGAGCCGGGAGAAGCCAGCACGGGCGGCAGCUCCGUGCGGUGCGUGGUGGUGAGGAUGGUGGUGGUGGUGGCGGCGGAGGAGGAGGAGGAGAUGCUGUGCUGGUGGCGGUGCUGGCGCUGCUGGUCGGACCCCGCCGGGGGAAGGGACGCACCGCCAGGUAACUCCCGGGGCUGCCCCGCCGGCGAGGCCGGGGCCCGGCGUGCCCGCAGCGGGGGCGGCGCACCUGGGAGGGCGGCGGGGCAACGGGACGCGGAGCGGCCGGCGUCUCCCCUGGGAUUCCGACCCCGACUCCUCCUCCUGCCAAACCGGAGAUGGGCAUCGCUUCGCGCCCGUCGGGGGAAGACUGUUUGCUUGCUGAGAUCCCGGGGAGCGCGGGGUUGCCGCAGCCGGCGGCGAGUGCCCAGCCCGGGCCGCCCGCGGAGAGCUCCCGCCGCCGAGGCGCUCGCCGGCCGGCUGCUUUCGCUCCGGAGGGAUCUCCGGUCCCGCAGUUAGAGCUGGUUCCGGGAUCUUUUCCUUGUGAGGAAGGGGGUGGAGAGCUUUGUCAUCCGUGGUGGCUUUAGGAGCUAAUAUAAUCUGCAACAAAAUCCCAGGCCUGGCCCCUCGGCAGCGAGCAAUCUGCCAGAGCCGCCCUGAUGCCAUCAUUGUGAUCGGGGAAGGGGCACAAAUGGGAAUCAAUGAGUGCCAGUACCAGUUUCGGUACGGGAGGUGGAACUGCUCUGCGCUGGGAGAGAAAACAGUCUUUGGACAAGAGCUUCGAGUAGGAAGCAGGGAAGCCGCGUUCACCUAUGCCAUUACUGCUGCCGGGGUUGCACACGCUGUCACGGCCGCCUGCAGCCAGGGCAACCUCAGCAACUGUGGCUGUGACCGAGAGAAACAGGGCUACUACAACGAGGAGGAGGGCUGGAAGUGGGGAGGAUGCUCUGCGGAUAUCAGAUACGGCAUUGAGUUCUCCCGGAGGUUUGUUGAUGCCCGAGAAAUCAAAAAGAAUGCACGGAGGCUGAUGAACUUGCACAACAAUGAGGCUGGAAGAAAGGUUCUCGAAGAGAGAAUGAAACUGGAGUGCAAGUGUCAUGGAGUUUCAGGUUCCUGUACCACUAAGACCUGCUGGACCACACUUCCUAAAUUCAGAGAGAUUGGAUAUAUUUUGAAAGAGAAAUACAAUGCUGCAGUGCAAGUGGAGGUGGUACGAGCCAGUAGACUGAGACAGCCAACCUUCCUGAAGAUCAAGCAGCUUAAGAGCUACCAGAAACCCAUGGAAACGGAUUUAGUGUAUAUCGAAAAGUCACCCAACUACUGUGAGGAAGAUGCUUCCACAGGGAGCAUCGGUACCCAGGGACGACUCUGCAACCGCACCUCUCCCAACGCGGACGGGUGCGACAUGAUGUGCUGCGGGAGAGGCUACAACACACACCAGUACACCAAGGUGUGGCAAUGCAAUUGCAAAUUCCACUGGUGCUGCUUUGUGAAGUGCAACACGUGUAGUGAGCGGACAGAGGUGUUCACCUGCAAAUAACAGCGUCACGUGUGAACAAACAGAGCAAAUCACGACUGAGGAAAGUGGAGUACAACAAACAACGACAGCAUCAUUUUGCACAUCUAAUCCUCUUGGGGAAAAGAACCCCAGCCAACACCACAACAACCACUCCCCCCCACUACUUACACUUCUAAGGAUGGUGCAUUUUGGCUGGCUGGCUGUUGUAACUGCUUUGGAAACAUGGGCAACAAGAUUAAGGUGAUGUUGACAACCACAUGAAACUUUCUCUCUGUCUCUCUCUCUUUUUUUUUUUUUUAAAAAACCUACAAUCUGGGUGUAGCAGAGUUCUUUUAGUAUUUUAAAUUAUACAUAUCAGAGAAGCUGAUUGCAUUGCAGCUCCCAUGACAUUUAAAAGAAAAAGACACUUUCUCCUAUUUUACAGCAACAAAACUGUCUAGCCCUGUGCAAACGAAGACUUUUUUUAAGGAAAUGAAAUCGUCACUGACUAGAACACAGCAUUCUCACUGCAAAAACCAAAAUUUCUAAGAAAGUAGGUAGAGAGAAAACAACUCUUAGGGAGCAAAAUCUAUGGCAGAAAUACUCCACUAUCAGUUUGGAAAAAAACCCAACAAACAUUCACAAAAUUACAUCAGCUGCCAGUGACACUGGAAGUCUUUGAAUGAACAUUAAAAAUAAUUAUUUAUGUUUUUAAUAGUAUCAAAAAAUUCUAAGCACUAACGGGUAGCUAUGUCUUAACUCUGUACUAAAUGUAAACUUAUUGGAACUCUGACUUAAUGACUUUUGUAUUUGGUUCUCCCUAAGUUCUUCAAUGCUACUGAUCUGUUGUCACUCCACUAUUAGAGAGUUCAAUUACUGUAGGUUUAAGCAAUUGUCAGAACUGAGCAAAAACAUCACAUGAAACUUUGGUUACCAAUGUUUGAUAUAGAUGUUUCCCACUUGCCUCCUGAAUAGGAAUGACUUUUUUUAGACUCAGGCCUGAGGUGUGGAGCACCUGCUCACAGCUCCUCACAGGGAGUUUUAGGAUACAGAGACAUGCUUCAACAAAUAUCAAAGGUUUUGCUUUGACAUUGAAUGCACUGGCAGGAUCUUCCAGGCAUUGUGUUUUCCCUUUAAUGGUUAAAAGUUAAUAUUUCCAAGACUUUUAAAAAACUUAUGCUCAGUAUGCACUCAGAAGUCAAUGAAAGUGUGGCAGCUGAGCUCUAGGUUGCUGCAACCUCUGAGCUGCCAUGGCUCCAUGAGCAUAAGAAAGCCAAAAUUUGAGUUAGUCUGUGUCAUCAUUAUUUUAAGGUUGGCAAUAAUGUACCCCCUGGUAAGCACAUGAAUGUUAAAAAAAAGAAGCUCACUUCUUAAUAGCACUCAAUCCUAAUUCCCACACCUUUUCCCUAUGAGAGAUUUUAAAAACAGCCUCAGAUAUUUUACUGCUGUAAAAUCUAGUGUUUUAACCCCAAGAGCCCAGAUAUGCCCACUUAGAACACAGCCCAUUUAACCAUGUAAUUGUUUUCUUUUCCCAUGGGUCCCUGCCUGAUUUUCUGAAAACUUGAAUUAAAAAUUUCCUUACAUCUGCAUAUCUGCAUUUUUAGCUUUUGUUUUAUUUCAUUACUUAUAUUAAGGGGCUGCAGAGCCAUGAGCCUUGCCCACCUGACAUGGAAGCACUUGUCCAUCCACAUGGUGCUCUUGGGGCAAGGGGCUGGUGGACCUGGAGCUCCACCAUCUCCCAUGCUGGACAUGUGAAUGAGCCAGAAUUACCUCUGUAAUUUGUGGACCUGUACUAUCAAAGGUAACUAAUGAUUUGGGGACCUUCAUUUGAACACUUGUGAGGACCUGACUUUCUGACCCCAAGCACUUACCCUCUGAAAAUCAGACCCCUUUGAUUACUCCCUCACAGAGCAAUGCAAAAUUGCUUAUUUUUUACGUUGUUGCUCUUGAUUUCUAAAUACACUCAUUCAUGCCUUGGCAUGAAUGAGUGCAACUACACAGAAGUCAACAGGGGCUCCCAAAAUACUAGAUUCACUCCAUGUAAUUGAAAGUCCCUUGGAUUCAUGGGUAUUGUUGUUGAAUAAUAGUGAUAAUACUGUACUUUCACUACAUUCUUGACAGGAAGCAAAUAAAGCUCCCAAACACAGUAAUGCACAGUUUUAUGGUACUAGAUACUGUAAAUAUAUUAGAAUAGUAUUUGUUAAGUACAAUUGAGGAAUCCAAUUAAGUUAUAUUAUUGUAUAUCGUUUAAAUGUCUAUAGAGUAUUUUAAAUUAUUGUGAACUACACUGUGUUUAAAAAAAAAGAAAAAAAAAGGAAAAAAGGUUAUAUAUUAUAACACCAACCACUCCAAAAAGUGGACCAAGGUGACACUUUCUCUCUUCCACACCCCUAUUUGAAAUAGCUCUGUCUGCUACUGUAAGACCACUGUAACAGUCCCACGACUGGGUGAGCAGUCUGGAAUGUAAUGUUUCAGAGCAUUCUACAGAAGCUUUGCUCAUGUGGAGGUGCAGCAUUCAAAAAGAUGAUGUAUGACACAAAGCAGGGGCUGGCAGUGGGAAUGCUUGGACUUUGAAAUAUGUCCCACGGAAAAGUAGUUUUGGCCAGAAAAUACCGUUGCCACUAAUAUACCAAAACAUUCCCCAAAAUCACAACUUUCAAUGAAGGUGUCUGUGAGUAGAAGUGGGUUACACACAACUUUUAUUUUUAAAAAUAUCGUUUGAUGUCAAAGACCUGUGACAAUAGAGGUUGGAACACGACCAGCAACAUGUGGUUUAACUAUACCUUAGCCAUGACAAAACUCAACAUACUUUAUGUUAUUAAAGAACUUAAGAGCAAAGAUCAAUUUGUUUACUAUGUUAAUGUUUUAUGGCAAACAGAAAACAAGAGACUAAAUGUGUUUCCAUUAAAACUUAAUUUUUCC